ACCCUCGAAAUAUUUUACACGAGUAAAACCAAUCUCAAUGAUGGGAAAAUGGAGGAAGCUCUGUUGUCUCUCUGGCGCCUAAAACACUCUCACUCUUCACCUUUGCAAAGACUUCUAUUAUCUAUGCGUUCCCUCGCUCUUUCCUUCUCUCGGCUCUUCCUCUUGUUUUGGCCUUGAAACUCAUUCCUUCGAAGUUCGAAUGUAUAAAACAAUCGAAACUAUGGGUGAGUUGUGCGGUUCCAAUUUAAUUUCCACCAAUUUCGGGGCUGAAUUCGACCAACUUGAUCACCUUCCUUUACUUUCCCGGCGAAAAUUGUUGCUUGCGACUAAAACAACAUUAACGUCUGGCGUUGAUGUAGCUGUUAAAAAAGAGGUAGAUAAUGAGGGCCCUCUCUCUCCCCCAUCUGCCUGUUCUGUUGGAGGAAUAGAUCAGCAAUUGGUAUUAAAAGAAAGUCAUAGUGGUGAAACUCCUUUUCGAGUUACUUCCGUUGUACUAAAUGGAGAUCAUAUGGGAUACUCUACUGCUGAUGAGCAAUGCUUGCCAAAAGCUCCUUGUGGUGAAGAUGUAUGCAUGCUUGGAGAUUCCAACUCCCAGAGGAUUAUCUCCGAUAAAUACGCUUGUCCAGAUCAGAUAACUUGUCCUGGAGUGUAUGUUGAUGUUGCUGGGCUUGAGAAAGUCAGCAUCGGCUACUGCACUUCGUGUGAAAAUCCAGCAUCUUCUAGUGUGCCUUCUGAAGUUAAGGUUGAGAAUUUUGGCAACCAUGUGUUCAGUUCAUUGGGACAUGGUGUAAAUGGCUUUGCUAGUGUUGAUGCACCAGCAGACAAGGGCAAUAAUGUUAUCACCAAUGAAUUUGCAGAUGAAAAUCUUGACCACAUUGUAUUGAAGGAGCGACAAAGAAUGUUGCUUACAAGGAGAUCAUUGGAGUUGGGGAACAGCAUUCUGGAGGGUAAUUCUAUAGGUUCAGGAGAUCUUGUUGACCCUAAUGCUGGAACAAUAAAAGAAGAAAUAAAAUCUCUAUAUGUGGAUUCCUCUGUUACUGGAAAUGAGUAUAAUGAACUAUCUUCAAAUAAUGUUUCUUUUCCUGGCAUAAGUUCUGAAAGUGCUUUGUCAGAAUUCAAUUCUGCUGGAUCAUCCGUUACAACUAUACCUGGCUGCAGCCUUGUGACUGAAGAAACUAAAUCAAGAUGUAAUAUGAACAAAUCUGAGUCUGAGUUCAGUUCAUGUGGUGGACGGCAUGAUGUGGCGGGAUCCUGUAGUGUGCAUGUUCCAACUCUUCAGAACUCUGUCAAAGUCAAGGUUGAACCAUUGGAAAAUGUUGAUUUGGCCCUAGAAAGAAAUGUGUUUAAUAAAUAUUCUUGUAAUGCAAUAACAGUGAAGGGUGAGAACAAUGAACUUUAUGGUGUUGGGGUAGAUCAUAUGCGACUUCAUGAUCGAAUGAAGCUGAGGACAUCAGGAGAGAAUUUUGAAUUUGAUUCUUCCAGAAUUCCUUCCCUUCAGAAAAACCCUGUACUCUCAGAAUCUGCUGAACCUAUAAGGGUGAACCAUCCACGGAAAAGAAAGAAGACUGCCACGGGUUUGGUUGAAACAGCAAUGGAGGAAGAUGCUCCUGGACUUCUGCAGGUAUUAGUUGAACAAGGAGUAUCUGUUGAUGAAAUCAAGCUUUAUGGGGAGAUGGAGGAUGAUGAUGCUCUUGAUGAAAUGUUCUGUAAAGAAAGCUUUUCUGAGCUUGAGGCUGUCAUGGCAAAGCUUUUCUUUCAGCGAAACUGUGUGCUGAAGCUUGCUCCUGUUCGAUGUGCAAAGGGUUCAAAACCUAGUUAUUGCUUGGGUUGUCUAUUCUCGCUUGUGGAGCAGACAAGGUAUCUGCAAUUUCGUAAAUGGCCUGUUGAAUGGGGUUGGUGCCGGGAUCUUCAGUCAUUUAUAUUUGUGUUUAAAAGACACAAUAGACUAGUUCUGGAGCGUCCUGAAUAUGGCUACGCAACAUACUUUUUUGAGCUGGUUGAUUCAUUACCUAUUGAUUGGCAGAUCAAGCGAUUGGUUACUGCCAUGAAGCUAACUAGCUGUGGCAGAGUCAACUUAAUUGAGAACAAAGCAUUAUCGGUUGGAAAGGACUUGACCGAAGGCGAGGCAAAGGUUUUGAUGGGAUUUGGUUGGAUACCGAAUACCGGGUUGGGAACAAUGCUGAACUACCGUGACAGAGUUUUCCAUGACAGGAAGAAUGAGAAGGAAACCUCUGAAUGGAGAUCAAAAAUAGGAAAGUUGCUGGUUGAUGGAUAUAAUGGUGGCACUAUUGUUUUGACAAAUAAUCCCUGUAGUGUUGUUCAAGAUACUACAAUUUUGGAUACUGACACACCACAAGUUAAGCUGGAGCUUUCAUAAGAGAGCUCAAUUCAGUUUUGCUUCUGAAACAUGUAAAUAUCUACAAUAUGAUAGAUUUGUCACUCCAUGUCUCAGUUUGCUCUCAGUGUAGUCUCCAGCUUUUUCGCUGAUUUUAAAAAUGGAUCUUCAGAAUCUAA